UCCAAUCGCCAAACUGCCAAUCCAGAAAGCCAACUGCACCCCACUGCGCCGAUGGAGUUUAAAGAGUUUGGAGGAGAGUCCACCGAGGGAGACAUCGAGGAUCUGGACAGCGUGAAAGCACUAACAGAAAAGCUGAAGUUGCAGACUCGCAGACCGUCCUACCUGGAGUGGCAGGAGAGAGUUGAGAGUCGACCGUGGAAGGAUCGUUACCCUGCAGACAGCCAGGACCCGGGAGGACAAGUCGUCUCCAUGCCUGCAAUUCUAAGAAAUGAGAACUCAGAUCUGGUUGUGGGCAAUAUAUGUGGCUUUGAUACCAUUGAUGAUGCUUUGGAGUUUCUGAGAAAAGAGCUGAGGGAGAUGCAGGUUCAGGACAACCGUCUGGCCCGCCAGCUGAUCCGUCUGCGUGUCGAGAUCCACAGGCUGAAAGUGGAGCAGGUGUGUGGCCGUCAUAAGGAGAUGCUGGACGAUGCCACAUACGAGUUGGAAGAGUGUGGCGAGGAGUCGGACCUGCUAUGUGACAUCCCCAUGAAGGCUGCCUUCGCCCUGUCCACCCCGCUCAAACACCUGGGCCUCACCAAGAUGAACAUCAACUCCAGACGUUUCUCACUCUGUUAAUAACCCUUUAUACAUGUUUCUGAGGAUGCUCCAUUGGCCGCCUCUGUGUUGUGUUGGCUAGAUUUUAGACUUAUUUCCUCAUCAGGAGCUGUUGAUAGAGUGGAGAGUUCCUGCCAGCUAUUGGUGCCCUGGGUAGAAAUGAAAAUGAAUGUGCACCUUGGCUUGUCAUGCAUGAGGAAGCCUCUGAGUGCAGACCUGUAAGGGCACACGCCCUGAAUGCAGACACACCUUCCUGCUGGACAGAGUCCGGGCUGCUCUACUGUUGACUGUUCGUUGCUACAUUUCAUGAUAAUCACAGUCUAUAGAUGAACUCUUAGAGGUAGACUGAAAUGUACAGAAAGGAAUGGGCUUUAUAUGUUACGCCUUCUUCUUCUUCUUAGUAAUUUGGUAUUGUAAAAAAAAGUUUCAUUUGUGCCAAAGAAGUGCAAAACAGUUACAGGGAGAGUAAUGAGUUGCUAAAAAAAUUGCCAUAGAAGAAACUCACUUUAGAAAAGAAGCUUGAUGGUCACAGUACAGGAAGGAGCUUUUUUAGACAGGUCAGAUAACUUUACAUCAGCGGUUCUCAACCUUGGGUUCAGAGCCCAGACAAAGGGUCGCAAGCUAAUUCAGAAGGAACCACAAAAAACUGAUUUUCUCUAGUCUUUACCUCUUUUUUUAAGGCAAAUUGCUGAAUUAUUUUAUCGCUUCUGCCCUUUGGUCAAACUGGUUACAUCCAGUGAUGAGGGGAUGCACGUAGAUAUUGUUUCAUUUUCUAGAGGUCACAAACAAAAAAGUGUGGACCAAUGCCUGCGUCACUAAUAUUUUUUAUCGAUUAAACUAGGUGUGAUAAAAGGAAAUGUUGAGCAACACUAAACUGAGUCCUUUUACAGCAACAUAUUCCAGCUGUUGAAGCCUUCACCGGGGCACUGGCCAUCCCCACUUCCCUCAAAGGAA